UCCUCUUGGCGCCACGCCACACAGCCAAAGAUGAGCCACAGAACCGUCGUCUCCUCAUCGCUUCCGGCUCCUACACCACCAAGAUUCAAUUCGCGGAGCAAGCGAGCGCGCAAAGCUCCCACCUAGCUGCCAUGGCUCUCGCCCACCAGAUCACCAACCAGCCGCUCCUAUCCUCCCCGCCCUGCCUCCCAAGAGCCAGCGGCAGCAAUGCCCGGACAGCGAGGCAGCCGUUUCUUGGCCAGAGCUGCUGCCUGACGCUGCGGGGGUCGGCGAGGAGCUGCGUCGUCGUCCGGGCGUCGUCUUCGGCGCAGGCGGAGCCCAAGUCCGGAGGCGGGGAGGGGGGAGGGGAAGGCGAGGAUCCGUACGAGGAGUACGAGGUGGAGAUCCUCAAGCCGUACGGGCUCAAGUUCACCAAGGGCCAGGAUGGCGGCACCUACAUCGAGGCCAUCUUCCCCGGCUCCUCCGCCGAGCAGACCGGCAAGUUCACCCCCGGCGACAAGGUCCUAGCCACCAGCGCCGUCUUUGGUGAGGAAAUCUGGCCGGCGGCAGGGUACGGCCAGACCAUGUACUGCAUCCGCCAGAGAGUCGGCCCUCUCUACAUGAAGAUGCAGAAGAAAUUUGGAAAAUGGGAUUCUGGUGAGCUCUCCGAGAAGGAGAUCAUUAGGGCUGAAAGAAACACUGGAAAUGUCAGCACCAAACUACGAGAGAUUCAAAUGCAAAAUUACCAGAAGAAGAUGGAGCAGAAGAUCCAAAGAGAAGAUGACCUUCGCUCAGGACUUAGGCUGUACAAAGAAGGAAAAUACGAGGAGGCGUUGGACAAAUUCGAGUCGGUGCUGGGGUCCAAACCAGAGAUUGAUGAGUCUUCUGUAGCCAGCUACAAUGUCGCGUGCUGUUACUCGAAGCUUGACCGGAUACAAGCUGGCCUUUCUGCACUUGAAGACGCCAUGAAAGCCGGCUAUGAAGACUUCAAGACGAUUCGCACUGACCCGGAUCUAGCAAACUUGAGGAAGUCAGAGGACUUUGCCCCCCUGCUAAACAAGUACGAUGAAUCAUUCAUAAAUGAGAGUGCCAUCAAUGCCAUCAAAUCCUUGUUUGGAUUCGGCAAGAAGUGAUGAAGAUAAGAGACAUUGCCACUUCUACUUGGACAAGCAAUCCAGUUUUCCUCUCUCUACCAUUAGUUGAAAACAGUAGUUUUAGCUUGUUCUUGGUGAGACUCGGGAGAUAUCUCCAGGUCAGUUUUAGCCUGCCCUUGUGCUUCAACCAUUUGAUGAACAUACACUUUGUACAUCCAAAUGAAAAUCCUCCAUAUGUAAAGGAAGCCCCUGUAAAGUAAAUAUGUUAUCAUUGUGCUAAGCUAUCCAAAAUAUGUAAGUAUUGAUCAGAA